GCUCUUUUUGGGACGCCCUAUACUACACCACGUUGUUUUUUGUUUACAUUUUCCUCCGUGAUAAUUUUGCAGUUUUUCUCCUGCAAAAAUGUCCAUAACGGAUGUGAAUGAUGUGAAAAUUUACAAUUUGAGUGCUGGAAAAUCCCUGCCAGAUUGGCUGACGGAUCAGAAGAAGAAGAAAUUGUUGAAUAAGAAUGGGGAUCUUCGGAGGAAGAUUGAUCUAAUUCAGGACUUUGAUAUGCCAGGUGUAUCGACGAGUAUCAAGGUGACACCAGAUAGGCAGUACAUCAUAGCCACGGGAACGUACAAACCACGAAUAAAGUGCUAUGACUUCAAUAACCUCUCGGCGAAAUUUGAGAGAUGCUUCGACGCGGAAGUGGUUAACUUUGAAAUCCUCAGUGAGGACUACAGCAAGAUUGUCUUCUUGCAGUGUGAUCGUCACAUUGAAUUCCACACAGCUCCGGGGAGGCACUACCGGCUGCGAAUACCCAAAUUCGGACGAGAUCUUGCCUACCAUGCUCCCACGUGUGAUCUCUUCCUCGUGGCUGCUUCUCCGGAGAUUUAUCGCUUCAAUCUCGAACGGGGGCAGUUCUCCCAAUCAUUUGAGACACAAUCCCCCGUGAAUAAUGUCUGUGUCGUCAAUCCGGAGCAUCAUUUGCUAUGUGUGGGAACGGAGAAGGGUACCGUGGAGGCUUGGGAUCCACGACAGCACUCCCGCUGUGCUGCCCUUCAGGUCACAGCUGAGAAUCCAGGAGAUGAAGGGACUCCAGCGCCCUCCAUCACUGCACUCAAUUUCAAAAAUGGCCUUCAAUUCGGCACUGGUACGAGCGAUGGGCAGAUUUUCUUAUUCGAUCUACGCUCAAAUCGUCCCUUCACCACCAAGGAUCACAUGAAUAAUCUCCCCAUUAAACGGAUAAACUUUAACCCCAAUGCAUCCGUCGUUUAUUCAAUGGAUAGUGGAAUUUUGAAGAUCUGGGAUGAAAAUACGGGAAAGCAACUGACUUUCAUUGAAUCCACGUCGGAAUUUAAUGAUUUCUGCACAAUCCCCGGCACAGGAAUGCUGUUUUUCGCCCAGGAAGACAAAAGAAUGCAAACAUUCUACAUUCCGCAACUUGGCCCAGCACCCAGAUGGUGUUCCUUCCUGGAUAAUCUCACGGAAGAGUUGGAUACGGAGCUUGUGCAGAAUAUUUACGAUGAUUACAAGUUUGUCACGCAGCAGGAGUUGGCUGAACUCAAUCUUGAGGAUCUCAAGGGGACUAAUCUCCUGCGUGCCUACAUGCAUGGUUACUUUGUGGAUAUUCGAUUGUACAGGAAAGCCCGAUCAGCUGUGGAUUACUACUCAUUUGAUCGGUACAAGAAGCAAAAGGCACGGCAGCAGAUUGAGGAAACACGCCCAAGUCGGGUGGAGAUCAAGACAGACCUCCCGAAGGUGAACAGGGAAUUUGCAUCGAAACUCAUUGAGGCUGAAUCGGAUGCAUUGAUGCACGAUGGGAGAUUUGCAGCUCUCUUUGCGGAUCCUGAUUUCACAAUUGACGAGAAUGUGGAGGAGUAUAGGUUGCUGAAGCCGGUGCUGGCGCAUCUGAAGAAACCCAAAAAUACCCGGAAACCCAUCCCGAAGGUUACUCCAGCUGUCCUGCAGGAGGACGAAGCGGUGCAGCAUGAGAGCACAGAUGAGGAUCUCUUCUCGGAGCAGGAAGCCGAUGAGAGUUCAGAUGAUGAUCAAAAGUGGACGAAGGAUGUGAAGAAGGAGUACAAAAAGAUUCAAAAGGAGAAGCGUCAGGAGGAGGAGGCAAAGAAAGCUGAGGGGGAUACAAUUAAAAUAAGAGCUGAGGAUGAUUUAACAGUUGGUUGGGAUCCCCGGAAGGGUGGUAGGAGGAAGGAAAUGACUCUUGGGGAUCGAAUUGCGAGGCAAGAGAGUGCAGAGAAUGCUUUUAAGGUGGAGGAUACAUCAAUGGGGCGGCAGAUGAAGUUUACAGUGGGUUCAGGGAGUAAAGGGAUGAGAAAUCGUGCGGAUCAAAUAAGGAAGCACAGGGAAGAGCGGAGACAACUUGUCCGCAGACCGCGUGGGAUAAAAUUAAAGCGAUUGCCCUUUAAAUAGACACACCAUGUGAGUUAUUUUUAUGCUACAACAUUUUGUAAAUAAAAAUAUUUUUAAUUUCAA